AGGAGAAGGGGAAAAAAAAACAGGGCUUGGUAUGGAGUUCGUGUGAAGGAAAUACAGAUUUCCACCCUUCUUUACCAGUUAAACCAGUAUCUCUGGAUAGAGCACACUCAAGUACAACAACAGUUUUUACCCUUGUGGUCCCUGAUGGCUUCGCACAGUGAUACUCUGGUGGUGUUCUUUGGGGCAACAGCUGGUGCAAAUGGGGGUAAACUGGGUUCGGAUGAGAGGGAAAUAAUUCUCUUGGUGUGGCAAAUUGUGGAUCUACAUGAGAAAAAGGUUGGGAAGCUUCACAGAUGUCUUGUCAAGCCAGACACUUUGGAGCUGACAGAGCAGUGCAGAGAGGAGACGGGGCUGACGUUGGAGGACGUCGUCAAAGCGGAGCCCCUGGACAAAGUUCUACAGCAGUUCCACCAGUCAGUGUCAUCAGAGGUGAAAGGUCUCGGCAGAAGCUCUUACACACUUUGUGUCAGCAGUCCCCUCGUCGUCCGACAGGCCCUCCACCCCGAAGCUUCCAAAAAGAAUCUUGUCCUUCCUGAAUGCUUCUUUUCAUUUGUGGACCUGAGAAAAGAGUUUCACAAAUGCUGCCCCAAUGCAGGCCCAGUGCAGAAGCUCACGCUCGCCUCUAUGUUGGAAUUUGUUGGUCUUCCUGCUGUGUCAGAGCAGACAGUUGGGGUGCGGGAGGUGAGGAGUAUGGUGCAGCUGACACUCUGCAUGCUGGCUGAGCCCCACAAUCACAAAUUUACCUGUGUUGAAACUGUGAAGUACAAGUUAGAUUCCGGCACAUGCAGUAAGACUGAGCCUGUGGACAGCGAGACAGUGAUCAGAGCGCGAGGGCUUCCAUGGCAGUCGUCGGACCAAGACAUCGCGCGCUUCUUUAAAGGCCUUAAUAUUGCCAAGGGUGGCGUGGCCCUGUGUCUUAAUGCCCAGGGCAGGAGGAACGGUGAGGCCUUGGUGCGCUUCAUCAACUCGGAGCACAGGGACUUGGCCCUGGAGCGCCACAAGCACCACAUGGGCAGCCGCUACAUUGAGGUCUACAAAGCCACAGGAGAGGAAUUCCUCAAGAUUGCUGGAGGUACGUCCAAUGAGGUGACCCAGUUCCUAUCCAAAGAGAACCAGGUGAUCAUCCGUAUGAGAGGGUUGCCGUUCACCGCCACACACCAGGAAGUGCUGUCCUUCCUGGGUCCUGAGAGCCCAGUUACAGAUGGUUCAGAGGGUCUACUGUUUGUCAAGUACCCUGAUGGACGGCCCACUGGCGACGCCUUUGUGCUCUUCUCCUGUGAAGAGUAUGCCCAGAACGCCCUGAAGAAGCACAAGCAGAUCCUGGGGAAGCGAUACAUCGAGCUGUUUCGGAGCACAGCGGCUGAGGUGCAACAGGUCCUGAACCGUUAUAUGUCCACACCUCUGAUUUCCACACUGCCCUCUUCACCCAUUGUGCCGGUCCCAGUCCUCACCACACCUCCCUUCCUCCCUGCAUCCAGCAGCACACGUGACUGCGUCCGCCUUCGUGGUCUGCCCUACGCCGCUGGCAUUGAAGACAUCCUGGAGUUCAUGGGAGAGCACACCGCUGACAUCAAACCCCACGGAGUCCACAUGGUCCUCAACCAGCAGGGUCGGCCCUCUGGCGAUGCCUUCAUCCAAAUGAAGUCACCCGACAAGGCGUUUAUGGUGGCCCAGAAAUGCCAUAAAAAGACGAUGAAGGACCGGUACGUGGAGGUGUUCCAGUGCUCCACAGAGGAGAUGAGCAUUUUUCCCCCUCCACCCUGCAAACUUCCCUGUCUGUCCCCCCCCACUGCCUACACUGCCUUCCCCACCCUACCUGCCGGCCUCUCUGAGGUUGCCCUCUACCAGCCCCCGCUUCCCAGCCCGCCGCAGACCACCGCACACAGCCCAGCUCCCACUCUGGCCUACUAUGCCCCUCAGCCACACCUGUAUAUGAAUAUGAACAUGAACUACACAGCGUACUACCCCAGUCCCCCUGUUUCUCCCUCCACCGUUGGCUACUUCGCAGCUCCACCAGGAGCCAUGGCAGCAGUUGCUGCCCAGCCACAUCCUGGUGCAGCCGCCGCCUCAACUAUGCUGGCCCAGCCUGGUGCCCUGGUCAGGAUGCAGGGUCUGCCCUACAAUACUGGAGUCAAGGACAUCCUCAGCUUCUUCCAGGGAUACCAACUCCAGCCAGAUGCCAUUCUCAUCCUGUACAACUUCAGUGGCCAGUGCAGCGGCGAGGCCUUGAUCACCUUCCCUAGUGAGGAGAUCGCCAGGCGGGCCGUAGCUGAGCGCUCCAGCCACCUCUUCUAUGGCCAGCAGGUCCACUUGGUCUUCUGUAACUGACCUCUAGCUCUCCAUCUCUAUCCUCUCCUCCUUCUGUUUAUCUCAACAUCACUAAGUGACAGCUUUUUCAUAAAAAUGAACAGCUUCCAGUUGACCCCAGUGCUGUUGAAUCUCCCCCGUUAUCAUGAGGUGCCAUUUGUUAAUACGCUGUUGGCCUUGACACUCCUGAAGCUGCUGCUGCUGUCUGGACAUCCACAGGUGAAGCAGCUUCUUGUAGGUUUACGACUUUGUGAAAGUCAUGUAUAACAUUACUGUGUAUUUGCACCUGUUGUGGAGCCAGGGUACCCCCGUCAGUGGCUCUGUGUAUUGUAUGUGCCCCCUGUCAGCUGUAGAGACUUUCAUCCUGAAAUGCUUGAGGCACUACACACCCCUUAUACAAAGUCUUUUCUGUAUAUUUCUGAAUUUUCAUUCUUGACCACUACAAGAUUUAGAUUUUUUCCAUCAUUGGUGAUCCUGUGUGUUAGCUCUAUGCAAACACAGAUGCAUGUAUGCACAGUGUUUAAUUUGAUGGUCUCCUGCAGUGGAGUGGUGCCAUUGAAAACAGAAAAAAAGCCAUAGAGACUGACUUUGACUACUGAAAUCUCAGACUACUACAGAAUGAAUCUGAAAGAACCCUGAGCUGAAGGGGCUGUUGGUAAAAACUACAGUUACAGCACAGAUGUGCCAGUGUACCAGCCACUGUGUAACCUUUUUUGUUGUCUGUAAGAAGCAUUUAAAUGUGACGGUGCGUCAUCCCCUAUAGACUUUCUGAGCACUACAGAUUUCUUUUUGCUCCAAACAGAGCUAAGGAGCUGAGCAACUUUUAAACCACAGACUAACACGAUGCAUUGCUCCUUAAAUAGAUUUUUUAUUAAUCCCAUUUCCUUAGAAAAGCGGAUAUUUUGUUAUUAAAUGUAAGAGGACAGAGGCGCACCCUGAAGCCUUUUAUAAAGACAGACCUCAGCGACUGUACAGUAUCUCCUCUGUUUUUGUUCACAGGCUAUUUAUAACGAUCAGUCUGUAGCAUCUUUAAAUCCUGCUUAAGAUUGUAGAGAUACUAGUAUUUCUUUUGUUGCAAGUUUGAGACUUGUAUGAAUAUAGAUCCAUGUAUAAGACUAAACAAUAAAAAUGUUGA